AUGCGUUUUCUUUGCCUCCAUGGCAUGGGUACGAACAACCAAGUCUUCGAGAUGCAAACUGAGAUCAAAUCAUUUUUCGCCCCGUCGGAUAGAUUCUUUGCCUAUUUCGACGCUUCCCUGGUCCGGACCUGCCAACAAGCCCUCCAAGAUCUGGACAACUACAUCAAAACGGAAGGCCCGUUCGAUGCAGUGCUCGCGUUCUCGCAAGGCGCAGCACUGGCUUCAACGUUACUCGUGCAGAAAUGGCGACAAAACCCCCAGGAACAGCAGGUCUCCCCGAUCUUCAAGUGCGCCGUAUUUAUUUCCGGGGGAGUUCCAGUCGAUCCUGAUGUAUUGUUGCAUGGCGAGUUGCGCACUCUCUCAGCGGAUGUUGACGGCGAGGUUAUCCCCAUUCCCACAGCGCACAUAUGGGGAACGAACGAUACUUUAUUUCCGGGAUCCAGUGCAACGUUGAGCAAGCUGUGCAACGGGACAGUACGGUCAGAAUUUGUUCACGAGGGAGGACACGAAGUCCCGGGCGAGACAAGAGACUUGGCAAGCACUGUACAUGCUAUCAAGAGAGUGGUCCAUAAGGGAGCCAAGGCCGUUGUUGUACAUUAG